ACCGACAUGAUUGGGGUUCUACGUAGUGUGUUUGUUAUUGUCUUGGGUAACACGUAAUAUCAACAUUCGAUACACCACGAGACGGUACCGGAAACAACAUAGCCCGACCCCUCACUUACCAGAAAGAACGUGCGCGUGCAAUGACAUGACGUCAACGUGAGAAUAUUGUACGUUUGCGUCCCUGGAGUUGGGUAGUUUUACUUACUGACUUAAAGUGCGCUUUGUAAUAAAAUACAAGAAUAAUUAAUUGAAUUCUUUAUACAAUUAAACGUGUUGACUCAGAGGAUCUUUAAAACAGUGUUUAUUAGGAAUUGUUUUGGAUAUAAAACAACAGAAACAGUGACAGCAAGAUAUGGAAAAUUACCAGUGUUAAAAUUAUGCCGCCAUCCUGGAUAGCCACGUGAUGUUUCACAUGACCCAGCUUGGCCCUGGGUCGGGGUCAAGUGAUCACAUGACGUCAAGUACCCUUGGUAACGUCGACUCUAUGGAAUAUGGUUUCGUCGUCUAUGACAACCCGAAUCACGUGACAGGUUUUAAAUCCCGUCCUUAUCUUCCGUCAGAAAGUUCGGGAACUAAAUAUUCGGUAUCAAGUUCUACAAGUGUUUAUAGACGACCACGAUCUAAAUUUUGUAUUGGUUUAAUAGCAUUAGCUGUAGUAAUAGUUGUCAUAUCAAUAGCACUGGGAUUUAUCAUACAUUAUUCAGUGAAGAAAGGUGUUCAUGUCCCUGCAGGAAGUACGUCAGUCGAUACGUCAUCAGAAUAUGUUGCAAGCGAGGUCCAAACGGUAGAUUUUGAAGGCAUAAUCCGAAUAACGAGUUUAAAAUGGACGAAUGAUUUAGGUAACCACGCUGGUGAAUUAUACAGAGUUGUAUCAAAACAUAUUGAACGGGAGUUAAACCAGGUAUUUGAACUUGGACCUCUAAUGGAGAGAUAUAAUCACACAGUCGUCAUAGAUUUAAGUCCCGGUAGUGUGGUUGUUGAUUUCAUCAUCCUGUUAAACUCAAGACGAGGCUUGACGUCAGACAUUUUGACGGGAAUGAUGUUAGAAGGUUUGGGCAAAAGGAAACGGAUGAUUAAAAAGCUCAAGGCUAACGACAUGCCGGCAUCUAAAAUAGUCUUUGAUUUUAAAAGUUUGCAGAUCAAAGAUUCACACGAAGAAGGAACGAAAAUAAGAACUAAAUAUAUUCCUAAGUCUGUAACUAUACCAACCGAAGCUGUUCCAACCACCACAGAACAAAUAGCUCUACCUUCAUUUACAACAGAAACACGACCUUCCACCACAGUCAUCCUACCAACUUCGGGUACUCCGCCUACUCUCUCAACAUCCUCCACCACCCAAAACCCCACAUCCGCCACUUCGCCAACCACUGAGUCAACCACUACGUUUUCAUCCACAAACCGAGCAUCGUUUAUUACAAAUACUGCAGCACCGAGCGCUACGGUGGUGCCAACCACAGUCACAUCAUCAUCUAAUACCACGACUGUAGAUACAAACAGUACUGCGUUUUCCAGCGCCAGCACGGUGUCAUUUUUUACAGCUUCUACAGCAAGGGGCAGUAGUGCAUCAUCAACACACAUUCCUAUAUCUACAACUACCCCCAGUGGGGAGGAAAUUCCGCAAACAAAUUUAACCCCAGUUGAAGCCUCUAUAACUACAAGUUCGGUAUCUCAACCGAUCUUUGUCACUACAAAAGUACCAGAAACAACAUCAACAGUAGCAAUUACUGCAUCAUUCGAAGAAUCCCCCUUUGACACCAUUCCACCAAUUUAUCCCAUAAACCAGACCCAUGACCAUGAAGGCGAUCAUGGUAAUCUCAAUUACGAUACCGAGAUGUCUAAUGUUCAUCAUUUAAAUAAUGAAUCGUCGCUUUGGGUUGCCGAUGAUAACACACCUGUAUCUUUGGGCAACUCUUCAGCUUUUGAUGGUCGGUUAGAUGUUCCCGAUCGAAUAACAAACCUUAAUGAUACGGAUGCCCUGGAGACGCCCGUGCUUAAUUCAUUUGGGGCUACAGACUUUUCAGCAGAUGAUCCGUACCCAGAGAAUAUUACUUUGAAAGAAGAGAAUACAUUUCAUUUUCCCGAUAAAGAAGAUUUUGAAGACAGUGAUAAUGUAAUUCCACCACAUGAAACGUACUCAAGUUCAUCGGAAGAUUUUGAACAACAACAGCAUACAGGAGAUUAUCACUCAAAGCAUUUCGAAGAUUUUGAUGGAGAUGCUGAUAUUGGGAAAGCCCCUGAAUACAAUCAUGUUCCAGGAAGUCAACCGAAAGACCACCAUGGGAUGAAUAUUCUAGAUCUUGGUCAGGACCCCGAGCAGGAUCCCGAUUCCUAUGAGGACUAUGAUCCCCAUAGCUCUAUCGAACUCCACUCCGAUGAUAGUAAUAAUCAUGUCAAUCAUGAUUUUGUAGACGGAGAGGAUCCACACGUGGAAUAUUCGUCGCAUAAUCAAUCCUAUCAUAGUCGAUCCCAGGAAUUUCGAAGAUUUCAUUAUCCCGAAACGCCAUUCAGCAUGGUGUUUACUACACAAACCAGCAUCCUUAGAGAAGAAGACGGGGAAAUGGGUUCGGGAGAAGUGGCAGAUAAACUACACCUGGAACGACCACUUUCAACAAGCCACUUUACAGAGGAAUACGACCAUUUCGAAGAUUCACACACUAAAGACCAAGGAGAACAUACCAAGUCCUACCAUCCAGAUGGAAUUAUGCAUAACGAAAAUUCUAUUAAUAAUCUUGUCGACAGUCCAGCACUUGUACCAGACUCUCAAAGAGGAAACCCGGAUAGAAGAGACAGGGACGAAGUCGAGGAAGAACGCCAUGAAAAUCAUCAGAUUGAGGAACAUGAUUUGGAACAUGAAUUGAUGCAUGAGCUAAAUCAAGAAGAACAUGGAAUCCAUUCCCAGCGAUUUCACGACAUGCCGCAAGAUACAAGCGAUAUAUUCAAUAAGAACAAGUCUUCUAUCAGUUCCAGUGAUGUAAUUAAUAACGCUAUUAUUCCUGGCCUUUCCCUCCCUCAUUCUAAACAACCACACAAAAGAUACAAACCAGAUCUAAAUGAUCAUCAUUUUCAAAAAAUGCUCUCUAGAGAAAUAUCACAAAUUGCACAAAGUAUGUCUAAGGCCACCCAACCGCAACUUUCAGCAGCAGCUGGGGGCAGCUAUAAUCCAUUUAUAGACUCGGGGGAUUCCCCUGCUGACCAAAAUCCCCCAACAAAGAAAGAUCCAGUUGAUAAAGGGCGUCACAUGAAGGAGCUCCGCGAAAGAGAAGGAGAUGUGCAAACCGAUUUGAUUGGAAAUCCUACUGGGGACAAUUCUGGGCUCGGUCCGUCUAAUUUCAUGCCCCACCCACCACCUUCUGGCACCGCGUCCUGGAAAGAGUUUCAUCAGGCGAGGAAUGUAAUUCAUCCAGAGAAACACGAGUCAGAGUUAGGGCCCUCUAACAACAUGCCUCUUCCACCACCAUCUACCAUGCUUGAUGACGAGAAUGUUCCUGCUUACCACACAGAUUUAGUUGCUCCCCAGACUAGAGAUUCUUUUGCUAAAGGUGGAAAGCAGAUCGCCACGCCUCCGCCUCUUAUACACAAGCCAGGUAUAAUAACCCAUGUCAUCAAGGUCAAGGACGAGGCACAUAAGAAAGAUCAUUUAGUCCAUGGACUCCAUCCUUCGAAUAUGAGCCACGCCCAAUCCAAUAAUGUGGUAAACAGUACAAUUAAACGACCCAACAACACAAAAGAAGAUUCUUUGAAGUCGAACGUCAAUGAAAGCAUAUUAGGUGACCCUAUUGUUCCUACAUUAUCAGUCAGCACAGACGUAAACGGCACUCGUGUGAAGCCGGAUCAAAGUUUUACUUCCACCAAUAGCAUACAACCUCUUCCCAGAAACGACUCCGAGGAAACUACUUUUAAUGAUAUUAAUUCAAGCGAUUCUCCGGUUAUUGUGUCCACUCAUGCUUCAUCCUUAAAUACGACCAGCAAUUGGAAUGAGUCUGUGAUUCCACAGUUAACUCGCGGAUCAUUGUCAAAUCAGACGGAUGCAGAAAUCGGUAAUGAUGUCAUUAACGCUGAUAGAUCUGAACUUAUCAUCACGGAUAUUCCACCAACCAGUGCGAACAAUACCAAUACAACCGCUGAAGAACCUUCAGCUUCUCUUUCAAACUCAACUGACACUACUAUUGUUUAUAAUCCAUGUCGAGAUAAUGAUGUCGUUCUCCAGUAUUUGACGAGUUGUCGACCGUACUUCAUGGAAAUUAUGAGAGCACAAAAUAAUAAGGCAAAAUGCAUGCAUUUGUUAAAUGGUAUAAUGUGUUUAACUGACAAUAUUUACGCUAAUUAUCAUCAGCACUGUACAGAUACAGAUGUUAAUCACGUCAUUGAACUUAAUGCUGAUUCUAUUCAGCAGUUCUUCCCGGAUUUUGAUCCUAAACAGUGUUUAAGUUAAACUGUUGACGUCGGACUAUCUCCUCAUGUGUGGCUUGUAUAUUUGAAAGGAAAAUACUUUUUUUGAUAAUUGAUAAUGGACAUCAAUUUGAUAAUGGACUGCCAUCGAAGAAAGUCCUUUGAGGAUUUUGAUCCUAAACAGUACUUAAAAGUUAAACUGUUGACGUCGGACCAUCUCCCCUUAUGUGGGUUGUAUAUUUGAAAGAAAGGUACUUUUUGGAUAAUUGAUAAUGGACAUCAAUUUGAUAAUGGACUGCCUAGUGAAAAAGUCAUUCGGGGAUUUUGACCCCAAACCGUGUUUUAAGUUAACCUGUUGACAUCGGACUUAUCUCCCCUUAUAGUGGCUUGUACAUUUGAAAGGAAGAUAUUUUUUGAUAAUUGAUCAUUUAUUUCAAUUUGCGAACCUCCUUUUUGGGGAAGGUAAUUUGUAUUUCCGUUUCUGGUCACAUCUGAGGACACAGUAACGACAUUUUAUUAAAGAAAAUCUAAUGUAAUAUUAGAUUGUAUUUCCGGUUACGGUCACAGGCAAGGUUACAGUAGAUGCACGAUCUUCAGUUUCAGUCUGAUACAUCUUUAACUAUAAAACAGAGUUCAUCAUAGACAUGACGAACAGCCUGCCCAGUGCGCAUGUUCUGAUUUUUAAAUAUAGUGGAGAUAACUCUCGUAGUCUUAAGAUGAUAAUUUAUGUAGGCUACUACACCAUUACAUUGUUUUAAGCUCCCAAUCAUUGUUUUGUUUUUAAAAUGGCAGUGAUUAUAAGCAAGCCAGAAUAAUCUGUUGUCAUUAUUAAGCCUUUAAUGAUAAUAAGUGUUUAAGAUGUACAUUAAUUAAGAAAUCUAAGAGUUUAAAGGGCGUAUGGCUCUAUUGGAACCUUGACAAUAUGGAUCUAAAAAGCACGUAUUAAUGUAAUAUGAAUGUAUGUCAAGUGAUUUCUAUUCGUGUAAUAAUUAUAUAAUGUUAAUUGGGUCUUAAAGAACAAUAUUGGUGUCAGUUGUUAUCACAUUUGUGAUAGAACUAGUUAACACAUUCCAAAUAUAAUUUUAACGCAGAGAUCAUUGCUACAGUAGAUGCUUAACAAAGAUUUGGAAAAACGGGAAGUGACGAACGCAAAGGAAAACACGAGUUAUCCUUUUAUAUAAUUCGAAGGAAUUAUUAGUGAGCAGAAAUUCACCCGUGUAUCUCUUAUCACUCGUCACUUUAUAUAGAAGGAUAACUCGUGUUUUUCUUUUGUGUUCGAAACUUCCCUUUUUUGAAUAUCUUCAUAACGCAUCUAUUGUGGCGAAGAUCUCUGUGUUAAAAUUAUAUUUGGAACGUGUUUAACCAGUUCUAUCACAUAUGUGAUAAUAACUGACACCAAUAUUGUCCUAUAAAUAUUGGAUAUUAGGAUCCUAUAGCUGCACGACAAGAUAACAACGCCAAUAUUGAUUGAGGUUUUUAUUUUCGAAUAUUAUGGAAAAUAUUGAGUUAGAGACUUAGCUCCAUUAAGCUCGGGUACUUGCUAUAGUUUUGACAAAUACGGUAUACCUAUUCUUUAUCUCUCUAUAAUGUCACUUGCGGUACUGAAAACAAAUUUUAUUUUGGUAGCCCACCAAUUUUAGAAUAAGAGUUUUCAAUGGUUAUAUUUUAUGUUAGAGAAACGUAGAGGUCUGUAAGAUUCCAAAAAUUUGUAGAUAGCCAUAAUACUGCAUGUUUAACUCCAUGGUUGUUUUUCUAUAUAUAAAUUAAUAACAAUAUUGUUAUAGAAAUAUUGUUUUUUUAUAUAAAUUAAUAACAAUAUAGUUAUAGAAAUAUUGUUUUUUUAUGUAAAUUAAUAACAAUAUUGUUAUAGAAAUAUUAUUUUUUAUAUCUAAAUUAAUAACAAUAUUGUUAUAGAAAUAUUGUUUUUUUAUAUAAAUUAAUAACAAUAUUGUUAUAGAAAUAUAAUGUUAUUACUAACGGGAUAUAAUUGAUAUAUUUAUAUCCAUUUUGUAUAUUUUAAAUGUAUACUUUUAUUUCAUAAAAUAUUAUUAUUGUAUAUGCAUACAUGUAUAAGCUUAUUCUUAUUUUAAUGUUUCAUUCUGCUAGGGACUGAACUAGUGGUGUUUUGGAUUCACAUAAAACGAUAUAUAUUACAUCUUUUAAUGUCUUUUAUCAUACCGUAUAUGUUGAUAAGGGGAGUAACUUUGAAUCCCUUACUAUAUUUUGUGUACAAAUUCGUCAAAAUGGACAUUUUAAUAUAUUUCAGUAUUUUUUUAUGUAUAUUAUAUUAUUAAUGGUAAUUGGUGCAGCUUUUCAUAAGUCUUGCCCUACCCUCUUGUUUAGUCGGUAGUAUGACAGAUAUAUAUUCAUAGUUAACAAGGGUAUUGACGUAGUCCUAUCAGGAGGGACAGAAUGCUUUUAUAAUUUUAUUUUUUUGUUUGUUUUAUUUUGCGCUAUAUUGAAUUUUAUGGAUUAUUUUCCUUUUAAAAAAUUGCCUAAUAGAACGUGCAGGGGGACCUCAUCACACACACAAAAAAAAAAUAUCUAUCAGGUGAUCCCGAAAGAAUUUCACGCGUUUAAAAGGAGUUGUUCCCCUUGAAUUGCCGGCUCGAAAGUCAUAUUUGACUGGCGUAAAAAUUAUAGCCCAUGUUUGUCAAAGGGCCAAUAAUCAUAUUUCUUAUUUGAAUUCAACAACAAAAAAAACGUGGGUUAGAUACCAGCUUGCGCUCGGUGUUUCUUAGGAAAGACGGCUGGUGUUUCUUUCACUAUUAUUGAUCGUUUUUCUUCAUUUUUGAACCAAUAUACCUUUUUACUAAGAUUAUAUUCUACAUGGUUUAUUUUUGUCUUUGGGUAUUUAGACAUUUUCCAGAGCUUCUGUAUAAUGUUCAAUGUAACAGUAUAUUUUUUAUAGUGUACGGAUUGUAAAUAGAUUUAUAUUUGAUAUGUUUGUAUUACCGCGCUUUGAAUAAUAAAAAACACCGUGUUUAUGAAUAAAGAUUACCACACAA